AUCCGCCUUCUUACACUCCUCCCUUCCGCUUCUCCCUCGCGGCCUAUUCGUGUUUUCCUCCAAUGGUACCCAAUCUCCUCCACUCCUUCCUACACCGCCGUCUCUUAUUGUUGGGGCUCACCUGUCUUUACACACACUAUCUCCGUCAACAACGACAAAAUCAACAUAACCCGCUCUGCAUACACCGCGCUCCAAGCGCUCCGCUCCCCUUUCCGGCCUCGCACGAUCUGGCUCGAUGCACUAUGUAUCGACCAAGCCUCAACCGCCGACCAAGACUGCCAGAUCCCACUAAUGCCGCAGAUAUACGCGAACGCAGCCGAGGUGACCGUCUGGCUCGGCCCUUCGAAAACAGCAGCCCUCGCCACCGCCCUGGUAGACCGGCUGUUCCUUGUGAACCGCCUGAGCCAGAGCGCAGGCACGCGGUUCGGAUACGAUGUCGAUGUCGAUGCGGCGCGGGCCCUCAAGCGUAUGCUCAGGCGUGAGUGGUUUCGGCGCGCGUGGGUG